AUGCCGAGCGCGAACGAUGCGUCGGGACCGGCGGCGGCGGCGGCCGAGCGACCGAAGACGCUCUACCAAGGCGUCGAACGCGAUGGAUUCGGCAUGCGAUUGCUGAGCAAGAUGGGAUGGGUCGAGGGUAAGGGGCUCGGGAAGAAUAAGGACGGGAUCGCGACGCACGUGCGGGCGAAGAAGCGCAUGGAUUUCGUCGGCGUCGGCGCGGACGCGAGAAACGACGCGAGCGGAAAGACGGCUGUGGAUUGGACGAUGAACACGCUCGCGUUCGACGACGUGCUAAAGUCACUGAAUCGAACGCAUAGUGCAGAGAGUUUGGAGCGCACGGUGACGACGGCGUCGUCGUCGUCAGAGGAGGAAUUGGAGGAGGCGCCGGCGGAAAAGAAACGUAAAGCUAGCAAGGAGGAGCGUCGAGCGGCGAAGAAGGAGGCGAAGAGGGCGAAGAAGGAGGCGAAGAAGGCGAAGAAAAACGAAAUAGUGGUGAAUCGGUCUGUGGUGAGUCACGCUGGGCGGUAUCAGAAGCGAGUGUCUCAAAAGAUGGUUUCGAAUUAUAGCUCGCAGGAUCUUGCACAAAUUUUAGGCGGCGGAUUCGUGAGCGUACCGGAGGUGCGGGCCGACAACGCGGGCUCGACGAGCGCGUCCGAAGAAUCGAAGGAAGAGGAAAAGACGGGCAACGGUGAGAAGAAAAAGCUCAUCGCUGUUGAAAGACCGAAGUGGGUGUUUGAUCCCCCGCCAGAGGAUUGGUGGGGAUGGCGAGUGGGAUUCCGACCGGAGGGACACGGCAAAAAGGAUGUCGGAGAAGACGUCGACGCGCUCGAGCGAAAACGCGGAUUCGACGAGGACGAUCAAAUUAAUCUAUUCCAGGACACGCACGCCGGGGCAAACAAGAACCGUCAAGGUUUGGGCGCCAAGCGAGGGCGAGACGCGGGUGCUGAUUUCGCGGGGUCGAAAAAGACGUUCGGCGAAGGCGAUGAGAUCACCGACGCCGAGCGAGCGGUGAUCGCAAAGGCGAAGCAAGUGAAAUGGCAAAAGAUUGCGUUGAAAAUGCUCUCCAAGGCCGACGGAUCGAUGAAGACGAAGAAGUUCAGGGAGAAGGUUCUGCAAAAGUGCGGCUGCGCCGAGUCCGAGCGCGACGUGUACUGGGACGCCGCCUUCCACGUCCUCUCUCGAACCGAGGCGUUCACAUCGCUCGAGGAAGACGUCGUCAAGCUCAUAAACAACUAG